GGCCAGAAGCCUACCCCCUGCACUUAAAGCCAUCAGGUCUCUAACUGGCCAUCUGUUUUUUUUCUUGUCUGAGUGAUGGCGCUUACCAUCUUUAUACUCCAGCUGGCAGUUUACAUCCUGGCAUUUCCCAUAUACCUGCUGAACUUUCUGGGCUUGUGGAAUAGGAUAUGUAAAAUAUGGUUCCCCCGCUUCUUGGAGAGGUUCACGGUGAUGUACAACGAACAGAUGGCCAGCAAGAAGCGGGAGCUCUUCAGCAACCUGCAGGAGUUUGUGGGAUCCUCCGGGAAGCUCUCCCUGCUGGAAGUGGGCUGUGGCACCGGGGCCAACUUCAAGUACUACCCGCCUGGGUGCAGGGUGACCUGUAUUGACCCCAACCCCAACUUUGAGAAGUUCUUGAUCAAGAGCGUUGCCGAGAACCGACAUGUGCAGUUCGAGCGCUUUGUGGUGGCUGCCGGGGAGAACAUGCACCAGGUGGCCGAUGGCUCCGCGGACGCGGUGGUCUGCACCCUGGUCCUGUGCUCUGUGGAGAACCAGGAGCAAAUCCUCCAGGAAGUGCGCAGGGUGCUGAGGCCGGGAGGGGCUUUUUAUUUCAUGGAGCAUGUAGCAGCUGAGCGUUCAACCUGGAAUUACUUCUGGCAACAGGUCUUGCAUCCUGUCUGGUACCUUGUGUUUGAUGGGUGCACCCUAACCAGAGAGACCUGGAAGGCCCUAGAGAGGGCCAACUUCUCUAAGCUGAAGAUGCAGCACUUACAGGCCCCGCUGUCCUGGGAGCUGCUGCGCCCUCACAUCUAUGGAUAUGCUGUGAAAUAGCGCGUGUGGAGAGUGGAGAGCUGAAUGACCCAAAUAACUUCAGGCUUCAGUUUUACACUUAAAAUAACUAAUAGGGAGAGGAGAAACCUUUUUUUAGGUAAGGUGAAUUUCAUCCUUAAAAGUUUAUGUUAUACCCUACUUAGCCAUUUUCUAUUGUCUCCCAGAGAAUCAAAAACAAAACAAAACAAGCCAGCUUUGAACUCUCCCUUAAAAGGAAACAGUGGGCUUUCAUAAUUGAAAUCUACCAUUAGCCCCAAACCUUAGUUUAUUCAGUAACUUCAAAAGUUUUCCAACUGUCUUAUUUAUAUUGUUUUACCCAACAGAUUUUAAUUUUACCCCCUCUCUGAGAGCUUUGUGCUAAUAAGCAGUUAAAUCACUCGAAGACUUUAAAAAGGGAGAAGUGAAAAAAAUCUCAAUAAUUCAUAAACUGAAUGAAGAAAUAUGAACUAGUUGAAAAUCCAAAUCUAAAUGGCACAGAUUUUUUGAAAAAGAAAUCUGAUCUAUUUGUUCUUAGUAUCACCAGGCUGGCUUUCAAAAUUAAAGUACCAUGCUACCACGCCUAGUUCUGCAUGGCUUUUAUGCCAGUAUUCCUUUAAAGUGUAUUUUCCUGCACAUUCUAGUCUUCAAUUCUUAAGAUGAAGAGGGUACUUGACACUUUAGUAUAUCCAUAAAACUAUUUGAGGCAGUUAAGGUUCUUGGGUUCCUUUCCGUUAUUAUCUAGCAUAUACUCCUCUGAACAUAGUAAGUUGCAGGCAAAGAAAAGGCGACUGUAAUUAGGAAAACCUUGUAUAAUUCGGCACACUUUGUAAGAGUCCCUGUGAGUCACUAAAGAAGUAGACAGGUAUGUUUUGGAUGAUUCUGAUCAAAUUUUCACUGCUGUUCCAAGAUGCUUUCUUUGUUCCUUGCAACCAUGGAAACCUCUGAAAAUCAUCACAAGUGCUUUGAAAACAAGCAUUAGGUUGUUCAGUCAGAGGGCUUAAGAAUAAAAGUUUCAGCAAUAGUGUGUAUGUAUUCUAAUAAAUUUAGUGUAUUUUCUGAGAUUUUGCAAAGAGAUGUUUAAACAUCAAAUCAAUCAAUUCACAUGCAUUUUAGGAAUGGAAAUAAAAUAAAUGGUUUUUAUCUUUG